AUGGAUGUUUCUUGUUUGCUGGUUUUGGUCCGCGUCGAGUAUUUGAUUUCCUCGAUACCACCUAUUUCUAGGAAGCUAACCUAUCCGCCACCUGGCACGCGUCCGAUAGAGGACCAGCAACCCCGCGCAAAAGAACAGAUUGAUCUUAGAUGUCAACUAUUAAUAUAUCCUGGAGCUUUCAGUUUAACAACUGGUCACUUGCAUUGGACUCUUUUGCAACGUUCACGAGCAAAUGAUAAUCAAUUAUAUGUUGCGUGUGUUUCGCCUGCAAGAGGAACGAGUAGACACAUUGCAUAUGGACAUACCCAACUUACUGAUCCAUGGGGAACUAUUUUGCGAGAAUUGGAGGAAAAAGAAGAUAUGAUAAUUGAAGAUAAUAUUGUUACGUACAAGGUACUUAACAGAUGGAGGAUAACUGUUUCUCGACCGGCCAGUCCGCGCGCGUAGCGCCUGCGCCGUCUAAAAGAAAUUAUGCCCUGUCGGUAGGAUUAAGGAUUUUAGCGGUAAGUCUGUAUCGUUUCAAUGAUUUAAUGUUACUUUUAACUUUAAUUCUCUUUCAAAU